AUGAAGAAAGGUACGGGGAAAAAAUGCAAGAAGUCGGGGACAGAAGAAUUAAAGACGGAGCCCGAAGCAAAAAAGCAAGUGCUUUUCAUGCUUUCCUCCAGCCAUUCUGCUGAAACCAAGCAGCUUCUGAAAGAUCUUUUCCAGUUAUGCAAGCCCAGCGGUUUCUUCAGGGAGAACUAUCACAACGAUGUAGAUUUUGAGGAUAACGUGAAGAUACAAAUAAACCAGUAUAACCACCGCAUCGCGGCAAUGGUUUGCAACCGGAUGGAUUGUGGACUCUACGUAGUUGCCAGCUCUAACAAAAAGAGACCUAUGGGCAUAGGCCUGGGUAGGAUCUACGAUGGUAAGAUGUUGGACUGUUGUCAGCUGCGAGUGACGAAGUAUGUGCCUUUCGAUUUCUUCAAAGGUCCGAAUGACCUUGAAAUUUCGCACUACUCCUACCCACUCGUCUUGGCGCAGGGUGCCCAUUUUGGUGAGGAGAAUGGCCCUAUGCGCACAACGCGUGAUAUAUUACUGGACGUAUUCAGACCUCCUGCAACCGGAAUGGUGUCUCUAGAAAGCAUACAGCAAGUUAUCGUACUUACAAGUGUGGACGCAGAUGCAACCAAUACCGCAGAUGCGCCCAAGCAAAUCCUCUUUCGGCGAUAUCAAAUAUUAUUUCGCAAGUCAGACGAUGACCCCAAGAUUCCUAGAGUAGACAUGAAAGAGAUAGGUCCUCAAAUAGACUUCGAGCUGGUGGAUUGCAUGGAAGCUGACCCCGAGGUGUUCAAACACGCCACAGCCGUCGCGAGAAAGCCUAAGAAGCUUGUCUGUGGUGUGGACACCGAAACGUCGACCGCUAUCAAACGACGAAAGAACGUAUCAACCACAGCGCUUGGCCACACCGAGGGGCGCGUGUACCUCGACAGGCAGUCACUAGAUAAACUCUACACGCCACACACUAAAACACUGAAAUCCAAAAGGAGUGGAUAA